AAGUGAUAAAACCAUAGGGGAUCCAAAAUCUUCAAUGAGAACUUUCCACGUACUUGUGAAAUGUCAUUAAUUUUUUAUGCUAAUGUAUUUCUCACUUGUCACGUGACUCAACAAGCACCUGUACUCAGAUCCCAUGAGGCCAAUUUGCGCAAGUUUGGUUUGUGUAUGAGAAUUCCACGGUAAAGUUAGGACUUCGAACCGCAGCCAUGGCGGCCGCACUCGGAGUCAUUUUAUUUGCUUACAUAUGCCUAGUCUUUCUCGUUACACAUAGGAUAUGUAUGAUGCAGUGCAAUCCAAUGUCUAGACCUGGUAUAUACCAAGGAGAUAUGGGCGAUAUGCGGUUCUCUGGGAGCCACGUACAGGGUGAUGGCUCACACCACCACAGAAGAGAACAGCCCAAUAUUAGGCAUAUUCGCUUCGAGCCAUCAUACUUAGAUUUUUAUGAACAAUCAGUGGGUAUGCCAAGUAUACGAACAGUAUCUGUUAUAAACCCGCACACAGAGCAGAAUCUUCAACUGCAAUCUAUAUCUGGUAGCACUUCACAUUUUCAUGCUUCCUUUUUUCAAUCAAAAGUAGUUUACCCUUUAGGAAAUACCACAUUUGAAAUAGUGUUUCUAGCAAGACUAGUUGGAAAUGUAGAAAACACUUUAUUUAUUCACACCUCCAAAGGAGUUUAUCCUUAUCAGGUAUUUGGUGUGGGACUUCCAAAUCCAUACAGAUUGCGUCCUUUCCUAGGAGCAAGAGUUCCAUUAAAUUAUAGUUUUUCUACAAUUAUUAAUAUGCAUAAUCCAUAUGACUCACCUUUACAGGUAAUAGAGAUGUACUCUAGUGGUGGUGAUUUGCAUUUAGAACUUCCUUCUGGUUUGGAGGAAGCACCACAAAAACACUGGGAAAUUCCACCCUACGAAACUAAAGCACUUAUGCGAGUUAGCUUUGUUGGAAGAGUAGCUUCAAAUCACACAGCAUUUAUUCGUAUUAAAGCAAGUCAACCAGCACCUAUUCAGGAGCUUCUAAUUUUACCUGUAGAAGUAGAAGUUACAUCAGCUCCUGGCUUGUUCUCCUCCACUGACAUGUUAGACUUUGGAACUCUUAGAACAAUGGAUGAGCCUAAAAGUAUUGGAUUGUAUCUUUUAAAUGCUGGUCACAAGCAAGUUCAUAUAUCGGCAAUAUCUGUAGAACCAACAAACAGUGCACUGUCCAUAAAUUUCACUCCCAUACUCUUGAAGCCAGGAUCAAAAUACAUCAAAGUCGCAACUGCAACUUAUUCUGCUUUCCAUGUUAAAAGGAGUAGACAAACAACCGGAAAGGUUAUUAUAAAAACAAACAGCAAAAUCUCUCCUAGAUUAGAGAUCCCUUAUCAAGUUAAUAUACUUCAAGGGACCAUAGCAUAUUCUGUUAGCAAGACAAGAUUCUUUGUAGGGAAACCUCCUUUUGAUCCAGUUUCAAGGGAACUCCCAAUCACAAACACAUUUAGUUUUACUAUGGUUAUUUAUGAUGCAGCCUUUCCUGCUGAGAUGGAAAAUAUAUUUUCUAUUGUAAAUUUUACCAAGCCAGCCAUGAUACCACCACAAAGCACAGUGACACCAUUCUAUGUCCGGUUCCUUGCCAAUGGCUCAGAUAUGGCUUUUUCUACUAUUCUUAGAGUGUACACAAAUGCUUCUAUUUUUACUGUACCCAUUCACUGUUAUGAUGGCAAGCUCAAGUAUGGUGUAGAUGGCUUGGAGGAAGAUGUAGUUGAUUAUGGCACUGUAGGAACUGGGGAGAAUAGAACAAAACUCCUCAAAAUCAUCAACAAUAAUCCAAUAGAGGUCACUAUUUACAGAAUAGAAUGUAAUAUCCAGUUUGCAAGAUUAAAACUAUUAGCGAUCAAAUCUAGUAAUGACAGCAAGUUAUUUAAAGGGAAUCAAAGCUUAUCAAAUGCAAUGGAUCAGCCUGCCAAUGGAGAGGCAGAGGAUGGCAAGGUGCACAUUAAACCUGGCUUUGUGGCAUAUUUUAGUGUAGAGGCUGCUGUACCCAAGAGAGAGGGACAGUAUAUUGGAGAAAUAGAAAUGGAAACAGAUUAUGAGACAUUACAUAUUCCUCUUCACUUAAAGUCAAUGGAUGGAAAAAUAGUUUCUGCUCCAGCAUCUGUAAUUUUUCAGCCUGGUUUUCCAGGUCAAAUUGUAAAUUACACUCUCACUCUGCUUAGUUCAUUUUCCAAUACCUUGAAGCUAGAAUCUGUGAAGCCUCAUCUUUUUAGUGAUCAAUUUUCAUUCAAGCCUGUGACUUCUGAGGUUCAAUUACUUCCCAAUGAGAGAGUUGAGGUUGGACAGUUAUAUUAUGAUCCUUCAAAAGGCUGUAAAAACCUCUGCCACACUGGAAUACACUCAAGUGAACAGUGGUUAUCGAGUUUUUCGUUACCCUCCAACGUUGGGGAAAUUGACAGUCAGCUCAUAGAGAGGAACCAAAAGUUGUUCUCUUCGUUAGAACGGUCAGGAAAGACUAGAUUAAAUUUAUCAUUCAUAAUAGAUACAGAUGUUGUUAAGGGAUUCCAAAUCCCAGCACAAGCCAGUCUUUCAUGGCCGUCGUUUUCAUCAGACAAACCAGUCAAGUUUCCUCUAACACAUCUUGGUAACGUCUCAGUCAAAUUCUUCACGCUGGAGAAUCCAGCAGAUGUUCCUGUCUUGGCACAGAUUGUGCCUUUUUCGCUUUAUCCGCAAGGUGUAUGGGAUAUUUUAACUGAUAGGUUUGAUACAGAAACAUAUGGAUUUGAUCCAGAUGAAACGACCUUCUCUGUGCCCUCACAUGAGGACUACUUGUCAACUCUGGGAAGUGAAAUAGCUCACGCGUCCGGUACGUUGUUGACUAUUCUCAAGCCCCGCGCGGUCGUCAGGAUUCCAGUGCUGUUUCAACCCAAAGAUGAACGACUCAAAACAUCUGUGGUCCUCAUCAGGAACAAUCUGACAGUUUUGGAUGGAAUAGUGGUUCAAGGUCAAGGAGCCCGAGGAGAGUUCACUUUGAAUGGCAAGAGGCCUGGGUCCCAAAGUACUCUGUUGUUUGAAAUUAAGCCGAGUCAGUUGACAGAUUGUCACAAAGCUGCUCCUCGAACCCGAUCCCUGCAGCCUUUAUCAGUAAUGAAGACAGUUACAGCAACAAAUCCUGGUCAGCUCUCCAUGUUCAUCAGUUCACUCAGUAUCAAUGGCUACGAGUGUGAAGGAUACGGUUUUAAAAUCAUGAACUGCAAGUCAUUCAUCCUCAAACCAAACACAUCACGCAAGAUUGAAAUCACGUUUACGCCAGAUUUUUCAAUGUCGAGAGUAACUCGGAAAUUAGAAGUGAAAACCACCGUCGGUCCAGUAAUGGAAUUCACUCUGGUUGCGACAAUUCCUACUCACCUCCUUCCUCUGUGUUCUUCGGCUUUGGGCCGCAAUUCCUGGGAACCUGUGGUCCAAAUCGUGGCUGUUGUCCUCAUGGGUGUGGUCUUCUUAGCUGUCAUGAUUGCCGCUUACGCUGAGGCGCGCAGGCUCGUGUUCCUCUCGCAUCCUGAAAUGCAACUACUGCAGAUGAAACAAGAAGAGCGAGGGCCGAUAUUUGAUUUGAAUGCCAUCGCUGGAGUUAAGAAGAACAAAAUUCCAGCCAGAGAGGAACAAUCAGUGAGUCAAAAGAGGACCAGACGCGAUCAGCAGCGAGAAAGCAGAGAAACAACACCUGUGUCAAGUGAGAGGCCAUCUAGUUGUGACAGCGUGACAACCAGCUUGGCGAAUACUUUACCAACUAAUAACAAUAUCAAAACUGUUACAGCCAGUACGUCACGGCAAGAGAAUAACGGAAUGAGAAAUAGAAAUACGAGGACUGAAGUUGCAGCGGUGAAAAUCCAGCCGAAUGCGACAGAAAACGCGGAUACUCGUGCCAUCAAGGCAUCUAGUCUUCCUCUAGAAAUCAAAACGUGUUCUGUGGGAAAAGACAAUAAACCUAAAGGUACUGUGGAUAAUCGAGGAAAGGGUUUGGCAGAAACGGUGGCAAAUAUAACGCGGAAGGUCGUUGAACCGAAGAAAUCCGAACAGAGAGUAUGCGAGGAAAAUCGGAAAACAGAACCAAGGAGUAAAUCAAUUCCUGAAGGUUUCAAUGAUGAAAUUAUCAGUGUGGUAAUCCCUAACAAAUGCGAAUCAGCGCCCAAAAGAGACUCUAAGGAGUCGAAAGGAAAGCAGAAACGAAAAACCAAACCUGUCAGCAAGAAAGAGGGAAAAGAAAAGAGGGUAAAGGCGAAGGAAAAUACUGCAGCCAAAGGGAAGGAAGAUGAAGGUGUGUUGUCAGAUGAUAGCUGCAGUGAUGGCUCUUCAGACAAGUCUGUACCUGAGGUUAAAAUACAACAGCCUUCAAACGACAUCAACAGAACACGGAAUGGUAAUCUGCCGCCGGACACACAACUGAAAGAACAACAGCAAAACAAUUCCAAGCAGCCGAACCAUACAGGUGAAUCAUUCCAAGACACCUCAAGGGACAGAGCGAAGGGACGUAAAAACCAAGUUACUCCGGAAAAUGCAAAUAGUAAGGGCAAGAAAGAAACACAACUAGCGACUGGAACUGCUCGACCUAAGGUCCUGGAGGUUCAAGGGAAGAGUCAGUGCAACGCACACAGCAGUAAGAUCCAGAGUAAUACAUGCAGUCCUGUCAGUCCAACAUCUCCCCACGCCAUCGCCGCUGCAGUCGUUUCAGCACUCAAUAAGAACAUGCAGGCAUCCUCUAAAGAGAAUAACUAUGACGAGCAGGAGCCAAACAAGAGGAAGGCGUACACCAAAACGUCUACCCUAUCAUCAAGUUUGUCGGAUUCUCCACCUCCAACCUCUCCAACCCUGUUGAGCGGAAGCAGCCGGAGCAGCAGCUACAGCAGCAUUGUCAGCAGUGAUAGUUCAAACGGUAUGGAGCAAGUGAAGUCCUCAGUGUUGAAAGGAAACAAGUCACGUGUCAAAAGUACCAAAUCAGCUUCUUUGGAGGCUGGUGUCGGUCCACCGUGGUCUUCGACAGGCUCCAGAAAGUCUAGCAAAUCUGGCGAAGACCUUGGCUUGUCCGGUCUGAGGCGAAACCCUUGGUCCACGUCUGUUGAUUCACAUUUGACUCCGCGUGGCCCGGUCGGAGAGAGACCUGACAGGAUGGCACCAUCCUCGCACUUCAUGCCUCAACACAGGCCAUCUCUUUUGGAUAGUCAGUCAUAUAACCGAAGAGGUUUAAAGAAACAAGCAUCUGUUGGAGAAGAGAAGGCUCGUCCGUUGGACCUAGGUGAUUUUGGACUGUCCGAUAACAGUGCCACACGCAAUCGAGGCCUCCCUGCCGAACAUCGUCCCUAUUGGAACAGUAGUGAGCAAUGCUACCACAACCGCGACAGUCUCUUCAGCUCUAGCUCUCGUUCUUCAGAGGACCAGUUUCCUGGAAAGAGCUCCCGACUGUCCAACAACUGGGUAAACUUCCUAGAUGCUAGCAAUACCAACAGCGGCGUAGUGUCCAGUAAUAAGACCAUGGCUGAGAUAUGGGAUGUAGGCAACUCCCCUCAAGACAGUGAUGGAUGGUCCGUAUACAGGCCACCAACCUCGUCUCCCGGGCAGCCUCUAAGCUCUGAAGCAGACGCUGUGGAUGCGUUAUUUAGUCAUAUGCCAAACUGGUCUGGCGAAGGAGCUGUCGUGGGACCAGAGUCACCGUUCAGCACCCAGGAAGUUACUUGGACUCCACCGCCUGACGUCUCUUCCAUCUGGAGCGGUGGAUACCUUGGAUCAGCUUCUACUGCAGAGUCCUUGCCUACUUCAACUGCGGUUUCUUUCGCCUCCUACUCAGUGCAGCUACAGUCCAACCAAGAUUCAACACCAACUUUUGAUCCUUUGGGUUCUCUUGGAGGCGGCAUCUGGGACCCCAGUAGCAAAGCUUCAACUUGGUCCUCCACAUCAGAAUGAUUGAACGCCAUUCGUAAGAGUCUCCUUUGCAACGAUUUAAAGAAUAUGUUGAUUUGACUUUGUCACGUUAAACUCCUUUUGUUUCCUAAGGAAUCUUUUUUGUCAAAAGUUUUCAGAGGUUGAAUUUUCAGGAUUUGUUUCUUUCCUGUUAAAAGCAGCUGCGUCACAGUUUUUGUAUCUUGUAAACUUUAUCCUAAAUUUUUCCAGUUCGUCUUUUGGAAUCGGUUUAAGUCAAGUACCUUCGUGCUUUCUUAUUUCCUCUGUUGUGUUUUAUCUCACCGAAUUAAUAUUUUUGUAGCUUCCUUCAAGUUGAAGGUAGUUCCAUAUGUUUCGAAAAAUGAUUCAAAAAUCUUGACGCGGCUGUUUGAGAUCUACUUCGACAUUUUCCUCUAUUUAAACAGACGUCAUUUCUUUUCUGUUAUUUUUAAAUAUAUUCCCGUUCCGUUUGUCUGAAAUUAGGGAUUUUCGAAGGCGUUUCUAAACACUUUAGAGUAAUUUCUUCUUUUCUUCAAACUGUUAGGGUUUAUCUUUAAAGUAACUUACUUUGACUCAUAUUGAGAAAUUGAAUUUCACGAACAGACAGAAAAAGGAGGAAUAAGGCAAAGGAUAAGAUCUCGUUUUUCUAUUGGUUGGCGUUUUUUGAUUCUGAGGUGAUUAUCACUGGCGAGGAGCCCUUACACUUGGUACAUGUUUCGUCCACUUAAGUUCCUUAGAGGGGUGUUGUGGUAACGAUUGGGAAUCCUUUCUUUUUUUCCUGGAUGAUCUGCAUGGCUGUUGACAAAGUGAUAGGUGGAUAGGGUGUACACGUUUGAUUUUAUCACAUAAAAUAGUUGGUGUCCUGGCGCUUUCCAACGGGUUUCCAGGUUGCUCCAAAGUGUCCCUGUGUGUUUCAAAACGGGGUGUGCCACCGACAGAGUUUUCCGGCUGGCGUAAGUUGUAUGCGGGUUCAUUAGCUUGUAACUGUUGGGUACAGGAAAAUGAUGCUGGCUUCAUUUGUUCAUCAUUUCGUCCACCGAAAAGUGAGCAGUUCAAAAAACGUUUAUUACAUCUCAAGUCAGUUGCAUUUCUAUGCUUAUUCCGAACCAGCGUAACCCGAGUACCAGGCCUUCCUCUUCUCUGCCUGUUUGGGUUGGCGAAGAGGAAGCCUGGUGACUCAGGUUUGUGACGGCGCGCGAAUAUGCCUGCCACAGUCUUAAUAAGACCGCUGUACUGUUAUUUAUAAGAAGACCCCGUUAUUUAUUGUUUUCCAGACAUUUUGAUAUUAAAAAAGAGUAAAUGUGAGUGCAAAGUGAGUUAUUUGGGUCGUUUUUACGCUGUCAUCAUUUUGUACUGUAGAGGAUUUUAUAAGAAUUAUUGCUAAAUAAAGUUUUGUACGAUCAGAGGUUAACAA